UCCGCGGCCCCUCUCCCCCUCCCCGCCGCCGCCCGCGGCUGAGGUGAUGCUGUCGGCCCUCAGGGAGGCCUCCCAGGCUGCCCGCCCCGUGGGGCCUCUCUCGGGCUGCCCUGCUGGAGCCCUGCGGUGCCGGCAGAGCCAGUCCCGCUGCCCACGGCCUCGAGAGGCGACGUGAGGGAGCGUGGGUGGGGCUUCCUCCAUGUUUGUUUCCUUCCUCAGGGGGAGACCCGCAGCCCGAGGCGCGGAGCGUCAGUUUCCAGCUGAUGGUGCAGGAGCUGGAGGCUUGAUGGAAGUAUUUGCUUAAGGACCCCACGCUCGCACCGAAACCAUUAAAAGGGGAAAGAGGCUCGAACCGAUGGUAUUGCGGGCCUCUCUCUGUUUCCUAUGGCCAACGCGCCCAGCGCUGGGCUGGCAGCUGCGGACCCUCGGGUAUUGGCCUUGGCUGCUCAGGUCACUGAGAGCAGAGAACAGGACAUCCCUCUGCUACUUCUGAAGUUAAAGGGAAUUUUAAACAGUGCUUCGUUGGGAUGUGAAGAAGCAAAAAAAAUUAAGCAAGAUAUAUACGAUUAUGAUCUUACUCAGUACUGCAUGUUGGUCCUUAGACAAGACCAUUCUCGACUGCUUGGAGGCUGGGAUACUGCUGCCCAGCUAGCAGAGAUACUAAGUCAUUGUUGUGUAGGACUAGAGGUGAAAGAAGAUCCUGAGGAAUUCUACAAGAAAUUUCUUCCUUCAGCUAUAGACAACCUGCUGUUUUUGGGAAGGCGCUUGCAAGCACGAUUUAUCCGAGCAAUCAAGGAUGAAGAAAAACAAGAUUUUUUACACUGGUUCCAAACAGUAACUGAUGCCAUCUGCUGGCUGUUCGGUGGGCAUAUUCAACUAGCAGCAUGUGUACUGCAAAAUGAUCACUUCCUGCAGUUGUUAAUAACAGAUGAUGUUGAAACAGCAAUUAUAAUGAUGUCUGUUUUACACAGUAUUUUGAAGGUCAAUAGUUCUGUUUUGCUUCAGGUUGACGAAGAGACCCUUCACUCUGUUUUGGAUGAACUUGUUUAUAAGCUUUCAUCUACCACCAAUCCUGUCAUAGGAAAUGCUGCUACAAAACUGCUGUUGUUGGUGGCAAAAUUUUGCAAGCAGCUUGUGAAGUUACUCACAGCUCGCUACAAAGGAUUAAAAGGGCUUUUAAGUAAACAGUGGACUGGCAAAGGCUUUGACAGGGAUCUCUUUCAACUUUUGGACCUGCUGGACUUGGAACAAUCCAAUGGAAAAGGAGAAAUGCAGAGGCAGCAUCAAGCAGCUUGUAUAAUCCAGGCUAUGUGGAGGGGAUUUCAGACAAGGAAAAGGCUGAAAAAACUACCCCAAGCAGUGACCACCUUACAGAGAAGCUUCAGAGCUAAACGGGAACAGGAGCUGCAGCAUUUAAAAAAACAGAAGGAAGAUGAGGCUCUAAAACUGCAAAUGCAACUUCAGAGACAGAGAGCCAUGAGACUCUUCCAUGAACGACAGCUGGCCUUACUGGAAAUAAUCCAUGCCAGUCAGGUAAAUAAGUACAUGGAGGAAAUGGAGGGGAAAUCAGCAUUAACUAUCCAGAGAUUCUGGAGAGGGUAUAGAGCAAGAAGAAAUUUUCAUCAACAGCGACAAUCUCUUAAGGAGUAUAAAGCAGCUGUCAUCAUUCAGAGAGCAGCUCUUAAAUUCUUGGAAAAACGAAGGAGGAGGAGACCUCUCUCUCCUUGGAUAGAUCCCAAGGGACUGACUGAUGAGCAGAGACUGGCUUUGCAGCAGAAGGUGGAUGACUACAUCAAAUUGCAUCCGGCUUCCCAAAUGUCAGAAGAAAUGAGUAAAGAAUUACAUAUGCAGGCCCAGGAAAAGCUGGCACAGUUCCUGUUGAGGAGCAGGCUGGAUCAGAGAGCAGCGCAGCGGAGAGAGACGUUACUGGCUCAGGUCAACACCGAUGUGGAGCUGCUAAUGAAUGCUCCAGGGUUAGCAGAGACCACAGAAAAAGAUCUUGAUGUCUUUAUGAGUCGCUCAAUCCCUGUAGCUACCAAGGCAAGACAAUCCCACAACACUAUGCUGAAAUACACUCGCUGGCCAUGGUGGAAGAAGCUUGGAGAUGAGUUUGUGGAGGAUGAUGUAAUUCCUGAUGAUGUCCUAAAUGCAGAACUGGGAACUCUAUUUAUUGGUGGAAGGAAAUCCUUUUAGCUUUAGCUGUAAGUGGACUCUGCAAACAACAGGACACUCAAUCUCCAGCAGAGACACGCACUCGAGAGUACGCUGUGAAGUCCAAGGGCAUCUCCUGGCCUUUCAGACUGGAGGUAACGGGAGCUCUGAGCUGAGGACGGGAGAUAACCCCCACGCUAUUUCACCUCUCACCUCCAAGUUUUCCACUGCCGAUUUCCAUGGGAGCAGAAUCUGGUGCAAACAUCUGCUCUCCACUGCAGAGCAUCGCAGGCAUCAAGUACAAGGAGAAAUGAAAGCUUCCUCCAAGUAGUGGAGUCGGGGCUAUUUAUAAAUUAGCAUGCAUCAGAAAAGCAGGCAGCACUUUGCAGGGGGAGCUGUAAAGAUCAUCGCAAUCGGUCUCCAGGUUCUCCUUAUCAUCCUUCUUUAUAGCACAGUAACAGCGGGUCAUCCUCCAGGCAUCCUGGUGUAGAGUGAAAAAAUCUUUAAUAAAGAGAUGGUUUAUUAAAUGAGCGACAGAUUCACCAAGGGGAACUAAAGGAGGGAUGCUUCCCCUUCUCCCCUGCCCUCCCUGAAGGCAGGGCUGGCUUCCUUCUGGCUGCCGCCUUAGGGCAGGAGGGCAGAGCCUGGCAGGUGAGGACCCAGGUCAGGACACGAGGGCUCUGGCAUUUUUUCGUAGCUCUGCCAGAGAACUCCUCUGUGACCUUGAGCACAUGCUGCCUGUCUUUUCCUCUCUGGAAUGAGGCUUACUGAGGAGGUCUCGUAUGUUGCAUUUGUAAUUUGUUUUAUGAGCCUUCAGUGGAGGAUGCUGUCUGAGCCCAGUGCCGCUGAAAUGGAGUUUGACAGGCCCCAGAAAGAAAAAAAAAAGUGUAUAAUCAGAUGUUGGAACACACAGAAAGAGCGUGGGGUUGCUGUGCUAUUAAUUUCUCUCCAGAUUCAGCCUUUCUCCACAGAAUUUAGUUCUUUUCUAUUUAAUUACGUUCUCAAGCAGAAACAAUAUCUUUACCUAUACUUGAUCACUUAAUAAAACCCAUGGAAGCAAGCACCUCUCAUCAGGGAAACUUCAUUUAAUCCAUCUCACCGAUCCAGAACCUGCCUGCUGGGAAUGAGAUGAACACAGAUACAUGCAAGAUGACCCAACUCAAUCUAGCCUUACACGGCAGAGCCGGUGAACUGCGAAGCUUAAUCCGGGAAACAAUCAAAGCACCCAUUAAGUUUGCCAAGUCCUUACUGUCUGAAAGGGAAGAGGUGUUCAAGCUGGCGCUGCAACC